ACCUUAGUAUUCAUUAUUUCGACGUCUCAGAAGCUCCACAUAUCGCUUUGAUAAUGUAUCCCUCAAUGGCCUAUGGCGGCUGUCAGCACGGGGACUUGGAUCAGCUGUGCAAGUCCGUCUGCCAGGGCUUUGACCUCUCGCUUUUCGGAGAGGAGGCCGAGGCGUCCUGCCAGCCAUCCUACGAGGAAAGUGUGUCCUUUGCAGGAUUCCAGGCAUUUCAAGAGCAGGAUUCUCUGACGUCUGGGGAUAUUUCCUCCUACUCCAACUUCGGUGAGGCGGCGUGGCACUCACACGACCUCCCCCUCGACCGAGCGUACCCAGAGGAGUUCUCGGGAGGCUGGUCACCAGACGCCCACCCCUUCGGCCACCCCAACUACCACCAAGAGUUUACACCGAUCAACGAAAUGGGCAGCGAAGGGGGUAGUCCCUCCCCUUCAGGCAACAGCACGAGCCCGACUCUUCACCUCGAUAGCCGCACCCUGAAGAUGCACGAGUGGUCGCCGCAGACCGACCCGGAAUUAGAGCGCAAGAGGGUGAGAGCACUCAAGGCCUUCGCCAUCCGCCAGAAAAAUAAAUCGCAAGAAGCGCAGUGCCAGAGUAGACUGGAGCAGGUGAGAGGGGAAAUCGCCCGCCUGAAAUCGACCAAAACAAGACAGAAAAAACGACUCGAUAUCUUAAAUGCCAUCUGGCAGCAAUAUAGAUAACCUGUUCCCAACGGCGGUCGGACGAACUACCGGAAUCCCAGCCCCAUUAAAAGAGGAAAUGGCAAAUAAAAGAAGACUCUGCUGACUGCUGACCUGCUUACCUGCUUACCUGCUGACAAACCACGUUCUUUCAAACUUAGUUACCAAGUUCCUCAGUUCAUGGUAUGAACUAGCGUGAAACUUGAAGUAAAAAACUUUAUAUUGUGUUUUAUAUUUAUUUAUAUAUAUAUCUAUACUAUAUUAUAUAGUAUAUUUAUAGUAUAUUUAUAACUGGUUUAAACUGUGUCUAUCACUAUGUUCGGAUAACAUCAGUUUUACAGUCUUAGACGAUGGCAGGUAUGACACGGCAAAUCUCUUUCUCUUUAAUUAUAUUAAUGAUAAUAAUAGUAAUAAUCUUAUGAUAGUUAUAAUGAUAGCCAAAAUAUUAUCAUUAUCAUUAUUUAUCUUUAGCAUUGUUAUUUGUUAGUGUUAUU